AGCCCAUGUGGGCCUGGUUAAAAGUAGUGCCCUUUAAAGGGAAUAGAGUGCCAUUUGUGACGAGUCAUACCUAUGGUCUCAUCUGUUUCUCUGAGGAACAGAAACCUGCAGUUGGAUUUCAGGUGCAACUUCCAAACUGUUUCUAUGAGGAACAGAUUUCAGGGCCAACUUCCAUACUUGGUGCGUCUCAACGGUCUAUAUGGUGCACUACUUUUGACCAGAGCCCCCAUAGUACACUAUAUAAAGUAGUGUACCAUAAAGGGAAUAGGGUGCCAUUGGUCUUUCCUUAGGGUCUAGUAUUGCAGUCAGUCAGAGUAGGUAUCUGAGACAGGUAGACUAAAUCAGAUCAGUCAUCCUCAUCUGUAGUCACUUAGCAACAACCAGGGUCUCUGUGUUCCAGGGUCUCCGUGUUCCAGGGUCUUCCUGUUCCAAGGUCUCCGUGUUCCAGGGUCUCCGUGUUCCAAGGUCUCCGUGUUCCAAGGUCUCCGUGUUCCAAGGUCUCCGUGUUCCAAGGUCUCACCACCUAGUCCUGUCCUGCUGGGACUACAUACCUCUACAGGGAGAUGGAUGCUGAAGGAGUCAACAUGGAGCUGUUUCCUACAGGGAACCUGUAUAGCACUGUAGAGGAAGGAUGGAGACAUACUAACCCCAAAUACAGCAAUGGAACCAAUGCCACCAGUGAUUUCUACGGCAGCGGCGACUUUGACGAAGAGUACGGGGAUGAACUCUGUUCCAAGACAGACGUGGUCUGGUUCGGAGCCCUCGUCACACCCAUGGUCCUCUCCGUGGUCAUUGUGCUAAGCCUUGUGGGUAACCUGCUGGUGCUGGUGAUUCUGGCCAGGUACGAGCAUCUUCGGUCAAUGACAAAUGCGUUCAUGAUGAACCUGGCGUUGUCUGACCUGGUGUUCACCUGCGGCCUUCCCUUCUGGGUCUCCUAUCACCUGAGUGGCUGGAGCUACGGUGACCUCACCUGUAAGGCAGUCAGCUUCCUAUUCUAUGCUGGCUACUACAGCAGUGGCAUCUUCCUCAUCCUAAUGACGCUGCAUCGUUACCUGGCCGUGCUCCGCCCCCUGUCGCGCCUGGUGUCAGGCCCCUCCCGCUCUCAGGGCACCUGGAGCGCUGUCGUAUCAUUGGUCGUCUGGACCGUCAGUCUGUUAGCUGCUAUGCCAGCUCUCAUCUUUACCAAGCUCAUCAUCACUGAUUCUAACGACCUUAAAGACCUUCUGGACCAUAACAACCCUGAUGGGCCUAGUGACUCUCCCGCCCCUAGUGGUGAACAGCGGUACUGUGAGGUUGCAGAUGUCAGCUGGAGGCUGUGGGGGGUCUACCAGCAAAACAUCCUGUUCAUAGUGACAUUAUUAGUGGUGUGUGUCUGUUACAGUCAGAUUGUAGUCCGCCUCCUGAGGCCCAGGGUUAGGGUUAGACGCCAGAGGAGCGGAGGAGACAGUAGGAGUCAGAGAACAGCCAGGCUGGUCUUGGGCCUGGUCCUUGUUUUCUUUGUGGGCUGGGCGCCGUACAACGUGGUUAUCUUCCUCAGGACGCUGGUGUAUAAGAGUCAAGAUGGCGGCGGUGUUGACAGUGUUGCGUCAUCCUCAACACCAUGGGAGGAGUGUGGCACCAGCAAUACGUUGGACUACUCCUUCUAUGCGACCAGGCUGCUGGCGUUCUCCUACUGCUGUCUCAACCCACUGUUCUACGUGUUCGUUGGGGUCAAGUUCCGGAACCACCUGAAGAGAAUGUUGAAGGGUUGUUGUCACGGUGUUACCGUUGUCAAUAACAACACCAACAAUAGCAGUGUUCUGUACAGGAGCAGCAGAAUGACAUCACAGUCCAGUGGGGAGGAGUUCUCACUUUAAAUAGCAGCACUGUAAACACCAACAAUAGCAGUGGUCUGUACAGAAGUAGGAGACUGACUCACAGUCCAGGGGGAAGGAGUCACUUUCAUACUAGAUAUUGUAGUAUUCUUUACUUCGUCAUACCUGGAGCCUUACACUUUCAUACUAGAUAUUGUAGUAUUAUUUACUUCAUGUUACCUGGAGCCUUACACUUUCAUACUAGAUAUUUUAUUGUAGUAUUAUUUACUUCAUGUUACCUUGAGCCAUUCACUGGGUCUAUUUUCCAUUCAUAUUAUCCAUUUGCAGAUAAUGAUUGCAUUCCUCAAGACUAUUUGAGGUGUUUAUAUCAAAUCCAUUUAAUACCACGUUUCAUACCAGGUUUAGAAGCAAAUUAAAUUGUGAUUGUUGUAUUUUGAUUGCUGUAAGCCAAAUCAAAUUGUAUUUGUCACAUACACGUGAUUAGCAGAUGUUAUUGUGGGUGUAGCGAAAUGCUUGUGUUUCUAGCUCCAAUUGUGCAGUAAUAUCUAACAAUUCACAACAACACACACAACACACACGCACAACCUCAAAGUAAAAUAAUGGAAUUAAGGAAUAUUUAAAUAUUAGGAUGAGCAAUGUCAG